UAGAAAAAUGCACCCUUUCGGUAUAUCCAAGAUAUAUAAACCAAUCUUCAAGUACAACCCCCAAAAGCCCUAAUUUCCCAAGCUUCUGCUGUUACGCUCUAAUAUCUCUAUCAGCCGCCGAUUUAGGAUUCUCCUUCUCUUUCACUGAAAAUGGCGGAUACAGAGCCGGAAGUGGCGGUUGCCGGAGUCCCCAAGAAGAGGACAUUCAAGAAGUUCAGCUUCAGAGGCGUUGAUUUGGAUGCUCUCCUUGAUAUGUCUACUGAUGAGCUCGUCAAGCUCUUCACUGCCAGGGCUCGUAGAAGGUUUCAGAGAGGUUUGAAGAGAAAGCCAAUGGCUUUGAUCAAGAAGCUGCGCAAGGCUAAAAGAGAGGCACCAGCUGGUGAGAAGCCCGAGCCAGUUAGAACCCACCUCAGGAACAUGAUUAUUGUACCUGAAAUGAUUGGGAGCAUCAUUGGUGUGUACAAUGGUAAGACUUUCAAUCAGGUUGAGAUCAAGCCUGAAAUGAUUGGCCAUUAUCUUGCUGAGUUCUCAAUUUCUUACAAGCCUGUGAAGCAUGGAAGGCCUGGUAUUGGUGCCACUCACUCCUCCAGGUUCAUCCCCCUCAAGUGAAGAUUCUACUUGUUCUUCUGUUACUUAGUUGGUACCAGGUUUUGCAAGAACCAGAUGUUUGAUGGUGAUGAUGAGUAUUCAUUUUAGUUUUCCCACCUAAAUGUGUUUUGGUCAUUGUGGACCUGUUUUAGUUUCAAAGUUUUGAUGGAGCAAAAGUAGGAUGCUGUGCUGGUUAACAAGUUAUUCAGAUUUGAUAGACAAUUUAUUUAAAGUGAAAUUUAGUUUAUCAUUUCAUUGCA